AUGUAUGUUGAUCCCAUGAACAACAAUGAAAUCAGGAAACUAAGUAUUGCCGCCAAGACGGAAACGACUCCAGAUGACGUUGAGCAAGAUAUUUCCGUAAACGCACGUUCGGUGCAUGAGGAAUGUUGUUCCACUACACCAGUUGCGCUAAAUGAACAAAACAAGGAAAAGAUGAAAGAGGAGGCGACUACAGGUAAUUUUUUGUCUAAACCUAUGCUGCAAUAUAGGGAUACCUCAGGUAAGUAUUCUUUAAGUGAUUUUCAGAUUCUGAGAACUCUCGGUACUGGCUCAUUUGGGAGAGUUCAUCUCAUUCGUUCCAAUCACAAUGGAAGGUUCUACGCUUUAAAAACAUUGAAAAAACAUACUGUGGUAAAGCUGAAGCAAGUAGAGCAUACUAAUGAUGAGCGCCGGAUGCUUUCCAUUGUUUCGCAUCCUUUCAUCAUUAGGAUGUGGGGGACAUUUCAAGAUUCUCAACAAGUUUUCAUGGUAAUGGAUUACGUUGAAGGUGGAGAAUUGUUCUCAUUAUUACGAAAAUCUCAGAGAUUUCCUAACCCAGUAGCCAAAUUCUAUGCCGCGGAGGUCUGUUUAGCAUUGGAGUAUCUGCACAGCAAGGAUAUAAUAUAUAGAGAUCUGAAACCCGAGAAUAUCCUUCUAGAUAAAAAUGGUCACAUUAAAAUAACUGACUUCGGAUUUGCAAAAUACGUUCCCGAUGUCACAUACACAUUAUGCGGUACUCCAGAUUACAUAGCGCCUGAAGUGGUCAGCACCAAACCAUAUAAUAAAUCGGUAGAUUGGUGGAGUUUUGGUGUGCUAAUAUAUGAAAUGCUUGCCGGAUACACACCAUUUUACAAUUCUAACACCAUGAAAACCUACGAAAAUAUACUUAAUGCUGAAUUGAAGUUCCCGCCGUUUUUCCACCCAGAUGCACAGGAUUUAUUGAAGAAGUUAAUAACCAGAGACCUAUGUGAAAGGUUGGGUAACCUACAGAAUGGGAGUGAAGACGUUAAGAACCAUCCAUGGUUCAACGAAGUAAUAUGGGAGAAAUUGUUAGCCAGGUACAUAGAAACACCUUACGAACCGCCAAUUCAACAGGGUCAGGGUGACACUUCUCAAUUUGACAGAUAUCCUGAAGAGGAAGUCAACUAUGGGAUCCAAGGGGAAGAUCCAUAUAUCGAUCUGAUGAAAGAAUUUUAA